UCCGGGACCACUUCCUCUUUCUUCACUCUGAAGCCAAGAGCAGGCCUGCUGAGCCCUGGAGAAAGAUGAGAGCAGAUUUGUGGGUGAUUUAGCCUAUCUGUCCCAGGCCAGGGCAGCUAAGUGUUCUGGCUUGAGGCCUCUCUCUCUGCUUCGAGGGUAACUGAGAACCACCCUGGAAACCAGCAUGAUGAAGGGGGCAAGUGAGGAGAAGCUGGCAUCUGUGUCCAACCUGGUCACUGUGUUUGAAAAUAGCAGGACCCCAGGAGGAGCACCCAGAGACCACAGGCUAGAGGAUGCGCAUAACCGCCCUGGGUGCAGGCCUCCCGAGUCCCCAGGACCACGGGAGAAGCUGAACGUCAGGGAGGCCGUGGAGUCUGAGCCCAGGACAGUCAGCAGGAAGUACCUGAGCUCCCUGAAGAACAAACUGUCCAGCGGAGCCUGGAGGACAUCUUGCCAGCCUGGGACCCUCCCAGGAUCGGGGAUGCAGGACCCAGAGAAGAAGAUUGUCCAGGAGCUGCUGGAGACAGAGCAGGCCUAUGUGGCACGCCUCCACCUGCUAGACCAGGUGUUUUUCCAGGAGCUGCUGAGGGCGGCCCGCAGCAGCAAGGCCUUCCCCGAGGACGUGGUCAGGGUCAUCUUCUCCAACAUCUCCUCCAUCUACCAAUUCCAUUCUCAGUUCUUCCUCCCAGAGCUGCAGCGGCGCCUGGACGACUGGACAGCCACCCCCCGCAUCGGUGAUGUGAUCCAGAAGCUGGCCCCCUUCCUGAAGAUGUACAGUGAGUAUGUCAAGAACUUUGAGCGGGCAGCUGAGCUGCUGGCCACCUGGACCGACAAGUCUCCACUCUUCCAGGAGGUCCUUGCUCGCAUCCAGAGCAGCGAGGCUUCAGGCAGCCUGACCCUACAGCAUCACAUGCUGGAGCCAGUGCAGAGAAUUCCACGCUACGAGCUGCUCCUCAAGGAGUACAUCCAGAAGCUGCCAGCCCAGGCCCCAGACCGGGCCGACGCCCAGAAGGCUCUGGACAUGAUCUUCUCAGCUGCCCAGCACUCCAAUGCAGCCAUCACUGAGAUGGAGCGGCUGCAGGACCUGUGGGAGGUAUACCAGCGCCUGGGCCUCGAAGAUGACAUCGUAGACCCCUCCAACACGCUGCUCCGCGAGGGCCCGGUCCUCAAGAUCUCCUUCCGCCGCAGCGACCCCCUAGAGCGCUACCUUUUCUUGUUUAACAACAUGCUGCUGUACUGUGUGCCCAGGGUGAUCCAGGUGGGCGCCCAGUUCCAGGUGAGGACCCGCAUCGACGUGGCCGGGAUGAAGGUGCGGGAGCUGAUGGAUGCUGAGUUCCCCCACUCCUUCCUGGUGUCCGGGAAGCAGCGCACCCUGGAGCUGCAAGCCCGGUCCCAGGAGGAAAUGAUUUCCUGGAUGCAGGCCUUCCAAGCAGCCAUUGACCAAAUCGAGAAGCGGAAUGAAACCUUCAAGGCUGCUGCCCAGGGGCCUGAGGGAGACACGCAGGAACAGGAGCUGCAGUCUGAGGAGCUGGGCCUCCGGGCACCGCAGUGGGUCCGGGACAAGAUGGUGACCAUGUGCAUGCGCUGCCAGGAGCCCUUCAACGCCCUGACGCGCCGCCGCCACCACUGCCGGGCCUGCGGUUACGUGGUGUGUGCCAGGUGCUCUGACUACCGGGCCGAGCUGAAAUACAACGACAACAGGCCCAGCCGAGUGUGCUUCCACUGCUACACCUUCCUCACCGGAAACGUGCUCCCAGACGCCAGGGAGGACAAGAGGCGGGGCAUCCUGGAGACCCCAGGCUCCUCCCCACGGCCCAGGAGCCUGUCACCAGAAGGAGGCACCCUCUGGCCGCAGGCUGUCAUCUACACUCUUCUGCCCUUCCUCUGUGUCUGUCCCCACCCAACAGCAUGGCCCCUCUGGACAGCUCCUGUUCAUGUCACCAUGCCCCGCCUCAACAGUCCCAGGGUGAUGAGAGCUGGUGUCACUGAUUCCAUUUUACAGAUGGGAACACUGAGGCUCCAGGUCAGACAGAUUGGAGAGACUCCACUCUAACUGGAAGGGACUCCAGGGGCCACUCAGUCUUAUCUCAUGAAGGCCCAGGGCUGGAGAAGUGACUUGCCCAAGAUCACAAGCAAGUUAGGAGCCAGCCCUCCAACCUCAGCCACACAUGUUCUUUCAGUCGCCCUGGGGGCAUCACUGAGCCAAACUUGCCCUCGACAGGUGCUCCCCUAUGGGGGUACAACUGUGCUCAGCUAAGCACCACAAAUACAAUGCCAACCAGCCCAGCAUCGGUUACCACCUUCCACUGCCCCUCCCUCAUGAAGGCCAAGUUGACAUCCCACUGUCCCUAGGAGGCAGGAGAGGUUCCCAGCUUAUGCCAGCUGAGAUUCACUCCCAAGUUCAAGUUGGCCUCUUUUGGCCAGGCAUGGUGGCUUAUACCUGUAAUCCCAGCACUUUGGGAGGCCAAGGUGGAUGGAUCACCUGUGGUCAGGAGUUGGAGACCAGCCUGGCCAACAUGGUGAAACUCCGUCUCUA